GCCUGCCGCCCUGUGCCAUGUAGAGCAACUUCUCCAUCAGCUGCAGUUUCUCUGUGAGCGAGGCUAUCUCAUUCCGUCCACGAGUUAUCUCUAUUUUCAGCAUCUUUGACUCAAUCUCGACCAGUUUGCUUAUUUCAAUUACAGCUGUUUUGGAUAGUGCGUCCAUGAUGGAGACGAGCUGUGUCUGGAAAGAGAAGACCGUCGACAUGGUUUUCGGGUGUAUGUGCAGGUCUAAUGGGCUAAUGCGGAAAUUUUGCUGUCGAUUAUUUUGGCGUUCGCUGUUAAAUGAAGUUGCACCGUAUUAUUCGUUAGAGGAUGCGUGCAUGUUCGUAAGAUACGCAUGGGUCUCCUCAAAACUCAAGUGGGUGCGUGGGGGAAAGUGUCUCCACAUAGCGCCUGGGAGGAAGUAUUGUCACCCCUUAAAACUACAGAAAUUGUAGUAAAAUGACAGAAUAGUGUUUGUGAUGGCAUCAUCAAGCAUUUAAGUUGAUAAAAACGUGGAUUUGCAAGUGUAAGUUUGCUUUUCUAGGCGGUUUCUCUCUUUAUAUUGACUUUAUGUAUCGGGGUAACUCAAAAGUUAAGAACUACAAUGACCAGAAAUCAGUGCGGUCGAAGCGUGGAAUCUAAUUGGCUGUUUGAAAUUCGUUUCAGGAAGUAUUGGAGGGAAUUACUUUUGCCGACUGAAAAUCCUCAUGAUCCUCUUCACUUGAGUCUCGCAUUGGGUAAAGUAUAUAUGUUUUUAAAAUCUUUCGUUAACUCUGCCGCUCUGACUUAAGUGAGGUCAACAGAUGUCAAAAGACGCGCAUUAACCAAUUCGUGCAAAUGGAAAGUUAUCCCGAAUGAGCUUGGAUAAGUAGCUUUUGUGUCAAAUUGUCUGUUUGCGCAGCCAUUCACUGACGAUACAUAACAUUAUUGAGCCUACUACAUUGAACCAUAUUAAAAUAAUAAUAAUAAAAAAUAAAACUGGCUUUAUAUUUGGAUUUUAAUUUCCAUAUCACGAUGACUUGCAAAAAUGUACUUAACUUCCUUAAACAUGUCUCAACACCUGUUUCCCUCUCUCUGUCUCUCUGAUUUUCUUCUUCCUAGUUACUUCAUUUUUGCAGACUGCUUCCUCAUGGCUGGCAGAAGAGUGGUGGUCUUCCCGUCCUCAGCAGAGCUUGGUCCAGUGCUGGCCCACUUGGUGACCUCUCGAGCUGAAAAGGCCAUCAGCUCCCGUGGCAGGUUCACCUUGGGGCUCUCUGGAGGAAGCCUCGUGUCCAUGCUCAGCAAAGAGCUGCCUGCUCUUCCAGACCUGGACUGUAGCAAGUGGCUGGUCGGUUUCUGCGACGAACGACUGGUUCCAUUUGAUGAUCCGGAGAGCACCUAUGGGCUGUACAAGGUAUCUGUUCAGGAGGGUGCAUGUGUCUAAUGUGCAUCAGUAUGUGGAGAACAAUGUUGCUCUUUGAUUCCUCUGCAGGUACAGCUAUUUUCAAAGGUCAACAUUCCUGACAGUGGGAUCUUAACCAUAGACUCCUCUCUGCCUGUGGACCAGUGUGCUGAGGACUAUACCUGUAAGCUCAAGGAGGUGCGAUGUCUGUUCCUGUUCUGUAUUCAGUCCUGAUUCUUGUACAGUAAGAUAAAUAUCUAAAGCAUUGGUUGUCUCAUUUCAAACACACACUUCCCAUCCAUGCUAUAAUCAGUUCAAGAUUAGACUAUUGUAAUGCACUUUAUGUUGGCAUCUCUCAAUCAUCUCUUAGUCGCCUUCAACUUGUCCAAAAUGCUGCUGCCCGUGAGCACAUCAUUCCUGUCCUUAGCUCCCUUCAUUGGCUUCCCGUCUCUUUAAAGACUGAUUUUAAAAUUUUAAUGGUUGUUUUUAAAGCUUUUAACGGCCUUGCCCCCAUCUAUUUAACUGAGCUUUUAACCGUUCGGGAGCCGGAUAGAGCUCUGAGGUCGUCAAAUCAACUUCUUCUGGAGGUGUUUAGGUCAAAAUACAAGCACUGGGGUGACCGAGCCUUUUCAGUUGCUGAUCCCAGGCUCCGGGAUAAGCUCCCCACCGAAAUGAGACUUAUUUCCGACCUAGGCCUUUUCAAAUCUCGAUUGAAAACAUACUUAUUUAUGCUGGCUUUUAAUACCCAGUAACGUGGUGACACUUAUUUUAUUGCAUUGUAUUUUCUUCUUCUUUUUUUAUUGUUUUUAUCUAUUCAUUUUUAAUUUCUACUGUAAAGCACUUUGGUUCACCAAAAGGGUUGCUUUACAGGGCUGUAUAAAUAAAGAACAUUUACAUUUACAUUUACAGGCCUUCCCAGGUGAGGAUUUCCCUGUGUUUGACUUGUUACUACUGGGUAUGGGCCCCGAUGGACACACCUGUUCUCUGUUUCCAGACCACCCUCUUCUGGAGGUAAGUAUUCUAGAGGAUCUACCAGACAUUCAGGCAGAAAAUAGCAUUGUUUACCUGUAUAAAUUUUCAUGAAAAUGGAUAAAAACAGAAAGAUUUUACUGUUCUGGUUGUCCACCAAAAGUUUCCCAGAGUUGAUAGCAAUUGGCCUUGAAUAAUCUAAUGCUUAUUUGGUCAGGUAGUGUUAUUUUAUAUGUGCAUCACCAAAAAAAGUAAGAACAAAAUUUAAUGUUUUGUUGAUUUUUUUUUUUUUGUUGGACAAUUUGACUUUGUGCACCACAUAUCAGGGAUGUCUACCAAUUAAUCACAAUUUAUAGUUCUGGGCAUUCUGCAAAAAAGUUCUUCUAAAUUUUCCCCUUUUUUUAUAACUCAUUAUUUAAUGUAAUUUUUGCAGCCCUACUAAUUAAGGCCAAGAGGCAUAUGGGAGUUACUCUCUUUGAUGGGUUUUCUGAUUCACAACUCUCAAACUGUAGUAUGUGUUUUACAUUUCAAGACACUCCCUAAACCAUGGACAGAUCAAUGAUUUGUUUGGAUUUCAGUACAAUUUUGUGGUCUUCUGUCUCAUUUGUCGCUGCACGUCUGGAAACAAUCUGUCUCAUGUUGCGUCAUCUAUGUGGUGACUGGCAUUUACUCUAGGGUAUAGAGUAUCACUUUGCAACUUUUUUUUUAAUUGGGUUUUGUCACCACAUAUGAAAAAUGGCUGGUCUUUUGGUGCACCGUAUAUUCAGGAAACCAAAAAGGUUGUGGCCCCCAUCAGUGACUCUCCCAAGCCACCACCACAGCGUGUGACCAUGACUUUUCCAGUGGUGAACUCUGCACGCUGUGUGGCUUUUGUGUCAACAGGAGGAAGCAAAGCACCAGUUUUAAAGGUAAUAUUUAGGACUCUUUAAAAAAAUAAAUUAAAUUAAAACUAAAAUAUUACAAAACUGUUUAUCUGAUAUGCCACAUGAAAUCAGACUAUGUUCAGACACACAAAACCUUGUAAACUGGAUGACAAGAGAAAAGAAAAAGGACUGAACUUGGUUAAGGUUGACAGAUUGACUGGUGGCAAAUAUGCACAUUCAUGUUUCAAUUGUUAACUAUAUGUAUCAGCACCAUAAUGACCCAAAGUCCUGGCAAAAACUGGUUUUAUACUACUGACUUAUGUGAAACUACUCCUGUAUUGUAACAAAUGCAGUUUUUCUUGCAGGAAGUCCUGGAGGGAAGAGAAGGACCGGCUUUCCCAGCAGCCCGCGUUGUGCCGACUAACGGAGAGUUGUUCUGGCUUGUUGAUGACCCUGCAGCCGCCUCCUUAACUAUUCAGGUAGAGAGGCCAGGUUCAGGAGCCAAACUGUAGUCUGCAAACUAAAGGCAGGAAGUCAACACUGGUUUGAAUAAGAAGACAGAAAUUUGAUAGAGUACAUUCCUACUUCACUUAAAAAUGCUGUUGCUGUUGUAACUUGGAAAGAUAAAGAGGCAGGAAGACCAUUUAGUGCUUACUUCACUAAGGUUUGUUCGUGAAGGUCUGUUUCUAGGUUGAAGUGAACAAAAGACUUUCAAAUGUAUCCCAGCAAAGUUUAGAAAAGAAGAUUAACUUUCCAUUACAAAUUUUUUUUAGUUUUUGGUCGAGAAUCAUGAUAUACGACAGCCGAGAAGCGCCACUGCUGCAAAUAAAAAAGGAUACAAAAAAAAAAAGCCACAACAGAAGUUAAAAAAAAGAAACGAAAUCACACUGCAAAUAAAAAAAAAAAUGGUGCAGAUUUUUUAAAAAGCCACAACGGAAGUUACCAACGGAAAAAAAAGUGGCGAUAUUUUUUGUGUAACAUUCUUGUAAGUAACUUCUUUUUUUUUGCGUCAUUAGCUUCUGUUGUGGCUUUUUUUUUUUUUAAAUCUGCAUCGUUUAUUUUUAUUAUUAUUUGCAGUGGGCUUUGGUUUCUUUUUUUUUCUUCUUUUUUUCUUGCAAUCUUUUUUAUUUGCAGCAGUGGCGGUUCUCGGCCACCGUAAUGAUAAAGUCACAUCAAUAGACUGUAAAAUACUGUAUGUGUUAUUUUGCUCCUCUGCAUCCUGAACAAAAUCAAAGCUAGUCACACAUAGACACUAAAACACAUUUUUUUUGGUCAUCAUACUUGUUUGCAA